AUGUCGCCAGACACAGCCAUCAUGACGACAAAUUCAUCCAUACAAGGCUCGCCGGAGCCCAUGCGAGCCCUCGACGAUGAUAUCUGCCCAUCCAACUUUCAACUACCGGAAUCAAUUGUGUCUCGCCGAGUCAGCUCCAGUUCGCUCAGACAGAGCCUCAUGAACAAUGCCAGCACCAUUCCCGAAACUCCAGAGGUUACUGCAUUACCCAACCCUCCCCACCCAAAAACGAGCCUCAUGCGUCGCAUUUCGAGCCGGGCGUCGCGUGGACUGGCUCCGAAAAGACGGCCCUCCUCAGCCGCACCCACGAGCCGUGACACAAGUGUUGGCCCAUUGCUUCGCCGGCGAAGCGACAGCAACACCACCGCACCCCCCGACUUUCCCCCUAUGGGCUUUGACUCGGAGUCAGACUACGAUGAAGACAUUCGCCACUUCAGGUCAAUUACCAGACGAGAUACCUCCGUGCGCAGUACUUCCGUUGGGAGUCCGGCUGAGUCGAUCAUGGAAGAGUUAUCCGGCAGCAGCAUGGCUGGCCCGACUGUGCCCUAUACUCUCCAAUGCGGAACACCAGUCUGCAAGUUCUCUAGCAAGAAGGAGAAGAGACGGAAAUAUGCAUCCCUUGUCUACGACCACGAUUCUAGCAAGCUCACAUGGGACAAGAAACGGCCCAACAAGUUCAUUCACUUGGAUGAUAUUCAGGCUGUACGCAGCGGAUCCGAUGUGCAACAGGAUGCCAACGACUUACACAUCACGGACAUUUCGAGAUUAUUUGCCAUCAAGUACAGUAUAGCCGGCCGGGCAGAGAAGCUGGUUUAUUUCCAAACCGAUCGGCCUGACCUCUGCCAGACCUGGGUGAAAUUUUUGGAUGACAUGCUCAACCACCGACAGGAGCUCAUGUCCUCGCUCAUGUCCUUCACACCUGAAGCCAUAAAACAGUACUGGAAGUCUGAAAUGGCGCGACAAUUUGGCGAUCCACCACGAUCGGCGGGAGCAGAAGAGUUGGACAUGGCCGGUGUGAAGCGUGUGUGUCAAAUGCUGCAUAUCAACAGUUCAGAGUCCACACUCAAGUCCGCCUUCUUCCAAUCCGAUAUUCGAGGGCAAGAAAGACUGAACUACAAAGAAUUCAUGGCAUUCGUUCGUCACUUGAAUGUGCGCCCCGAGAUUGGUCGUAUCAUGCGAUCCUUCGCUGCUCAGCCCGAAGAGGGGUUGACUUUGGAAGAGUUCCUUGUCUUCCUUCGCAAUGAACAGGGAGAAGAUAUUGUCACACGGCGUCAGCCGUGGGAGAAAGAGUUCUACCGCCUCGUCAGGGCAGCUCGUACGAGCGCGGAUGACAUCGGCAAGGGACAGAGCGACAACAGCCUCAUAAUGAACCAGGCCGCCUUCACAGGAUAUCUCACAGCGAGGCACAACGGCCCUCUCGUCGAGGAGCCUCAGCAAUACAGCUUGGACCGGCCCAUGAACGAAUACUUCAUUUCAAGCUCACACAACACCUACUUGACCGGUCGUCAAAUCGCGGGCAUGUCCAGUGUGGAACCCUACAUCGAGGCCUUGAUCAGCGGAUGCCGUUGCGUGGAGAUCGACUGCUGGGAUGGUCCGUAUGGGCAACCUAUCGUCACCCAUGGUAGGACCUAUACAUCGGCCAUCAGUCUGAAAGAAACCCUGGUUACCAUCAACAAAUACGCCUUUGUCAAGACCCUGUUCCCACUCUGGAUCUCCCUGGAGGUUCGUUGUAAGGAGGAGCAACAGCGCGUGAUGCCUACACUCAUGCGCGAAGUCUUUGGCGCCCGCCUGGUCGAGGAAACCAUCGAUGGCAACUACUCAGUGCUACCAUCGCCCUCGCAGCUAUUGGAGCGUAUCCUCAUCAAGGUUAAGAAGGCAAAGGAACUCCCAGGCGCUGCGAAUGGAGGACGACGUCGCGGAAACAGCUUAACCUCACCCAUGAUUAGGCCCACCAUCCCCGAUGCCGCGCUGAUGCCUACGUCUCAAUCGCUUCCACAGAGCCCGAUGCUAACACCCAUGUUGGCAUCACGCAGGAUUCCGAGCAAGAAUCGCGUCAACACCAUUGCGGAGGGCAGAGUUUCCGACAUGGUGGGUGAUGAGGGCGCCGACAUUGAAAGUGGUAGUGACGCUGGCUCCUAUGAGUCCGAAAACGCCACCACUGUCAAGGCUUUGGGCGAUCUCGGGGUCUACUGCGCUGGUGUGAAGUUCAACGGGUUCGACUCCCCGGGAGCGAAGGAAUUCAACCACAUCUUCUCCUUCCAAGAAGGCACUCUUGCCAAGAAUAUCCGCUCCAAGGAGAUGAAGAUGGCAUUGGACAUCCACAACAUGCGGUACCUGAUGAGAGUCUAUCCAUCCCCAUCUCGUGUCUUGUCCAGCAACUUUGACCCGCUCUGGGCCUGGCGUCGCGGUGUGCAGAUGGCUGCCCUGAACUGGCAGACAAACGAUGUCGCUCUUCAACUCAAUCGCGCCAUGUUCGAAGGAGGGACCGACUCUUCUGGCUACGUUCUCAAGCCUGCCAAGCUACGCAAUAUCCAGGUGAUACCGUACAAUGAGGACAUUGCUGGAGGCAAGAAAGAGCGAUCUAUCGUGUCGUGCAGUAUUGACGUGCUAUCUGCGCAGCAGUUGAUGCGCCCCGCAUCACUACCUGCCAACCGAGAGAUGCACCCGUAUGUCGAGGUUGAGGUCUUCAACGGCCAUGGCAGCAGUGAAGGCGAGGGACCUGAGCAAGAAGACGCCAUCGCCAGCCGGAAUCCCGAAAGGCAGCAGACUGACAUUGUCUACGGCAAUGGCUUCAAUCCGUUCUUUCGCAGCGCCCCGAUGACUUGGACACUGAAGACCAAGCACCCGGAACUUGUUUUCGUCAAGUUUACCGUCAAGUUGUCGCCGAAUGGCGAGACUUACAACUCGAAUACCAACGGCAAAGAUGCCAUGGGGAUCGCCUCGUGGACGGCUAAGCUUCAGAACCUGAGGCCGGGCUACCGUACGCUUCCGCUCGAGAACGACAAGGGCAAGCAGUACCUCUUCUCCUCGUUGUUUUGCAAAAUUCACAUCGAUCCCAUCGAGAAGGCCAUUGUGGACGUGCCUGCUGACAAGCACGAGAGAAGCAAGCUGAAGAGCCUCGGAACCAAGGUCUUUGGGCGAAUGGCUGCGAGCCCUCGUGCCACAAUGGACAAGGGCAGUGUGGAGAAGAAGAGUUCCGAGAGUGCGCAGUAG